AUGCCGCUCGCCCGCAGCCGCCUGGGGCUCCUGCUCCUCGGCGUGCUCCUCACCCUCGUCCUCUACCUCCUGCUCCUGGCCGCCCAGCAUGAGCAGCACUUGGCUGGCGCCCGGCCUGAUGAGGGGAAGCAGGGCCGGCCCGAUGUCCUGUUCCUGCACGGCCAGGCGUUCACCUCUAAGACGUGGGAGGCCUUGGGCACACUGGCACUGCUCGCCGGAGAAGGCUACCGUGCGGUCGCAAUAGAUCUGCCUGGCUAUGGGGAUUCGCCCCCGGCGGAGAUGGUGGCCACGGCGCAGGGCCGGGUGGCUUUCCUGGACCAUGUCCUCCAGGAGCUGGGCAUGCGAAGGCCUGUUCUCGUCAGCCCCUCCAUGAGCGGCCGCUUUGCCCUGCCCUUCCUCCUGGCACGGGGGGACCAACUGGCCGGCUUCGUGCCCGUUGCACCUGUGGGCACCAAGGACUACGCUGCUGAGCAGUACCGGCAGGUCCAG